GAAUGUACUACUUUCCAACCUCGAUGUGUAAUAUACUAGUCAUUUUUAGGUGUGGAAAAAUGCCUAAUUUUUGCUCACUGUCAUAGUCUCUGACUUAAUUUCAGACACGACAGAAUCACAUUUAUUUGUUAGAAGUCUAAUUUUAAUAAUCGAAAUGACAGAUUACAUGCGCUAAUGGUCUCAAAUUGUCUUGUCUCAAUUACCUACACUGAAUAUGAAAAGAUAUUUUUUGCAGUCUAGAAUGAAAGCCAAAAUUUUGUUCGUUCAAGAAAAAUUUUCUUCGUUCAAGAAUUUUUUUUCUUAAACUAACAAAAUUUUGACUUUCUUUUGGAUGGCAGAAUAUAUUUUUACUACAUAUUCGCAAACAAAAUAUCUCGGACAAAAUAAUUGUACGACAAAAUAUAUCCGCGGACAAAAUAUCCUUAAGAAAAAUUUCAUUAUUAAGAAAUUGUAUUUUUUUUUUUCGAAAUUUCUCGAUUCGCGGGUAAUUUGUCGUGAGGACAUUUUGUCCGCGGGUAUUUUGUCUGAGGAUAUUUUGUUACGUAACCAGGUAUUUUUUGUUUCUGUGGACAGACAUUGAAAUUCGAAAUUUUAGUGUAAAGUAAUUACGAAAAAUAUAGUAGGCGUCACAGGAUAAAAUACGAUUUCAGAUUUCAUGUGAUGGCAGCCUUCGCCUUUGGUUCGGGCAAUCAACUUUACCUUCGUCUGAAACCAUAUUGUUUUAUUAUUUACUGAAAUAUUUUUAGAUAAAAAUAAAUAAUUUACUUGGACAUUGAUAAAAUAAUUAAGACUGUAAUAAAAUAUAAAAAUGAAGUCAGAAAGUAAUAAUGGGUACUUAAGGUCUAGUGUAAUAACCGAAGAGAGUGAAUUUUUGCCUUCAGCAGCUCGUGAAAUUCCACAUACUGGUGUGCCACUUCAGGUGACUUGUAGUACAAGAGGUAAUGCUGGAACAACCACUACAACAACGGUCAUUCACAGGCCGGCUAAUUCAUCGAGGAUGCCUGGAAUUACAAGAGCUACUUCAAUUACUCGGCGUCGUGGAGGACCUACUAAUCGUCAACAAUUACUCGCUGUUCUUGCUAUUACUCUUUUAGUAGGGAGUUUAUUUACUCUAAUACUAUUGGCUUUACAUCGUAGUCGCGAGUGUGCUAAAGAAACACGUCCCAACGUUUGUUUGACUGAAGAGUGCGUCAGGACGGCAUCAAGUUUACUUGCGGCAAUGGAUCCCACAGCGUCACCAUGUGUUGAUUUUUUUCAAUACGCAUGUGGAACAUGGAACCGCUUACACAUAAUACCCGAAGACAGAAGUUCUAUAAAUACUUUCGAAGUACUUUCAGAUCAAUUGAAAGUAAUAUUGAAACGAGUACUAGAAGAACCACCAAAUAGUCAUGAUAACAGUGCGACAUUGAAAGCUAAAACAUUCUACAAGUCCUGCAUGGACAUCCCUCAAAUACGGCAUAUUGGUGAUGCGCCGUUGAAAGAAACGUUAAAAAAACUCGGUGGAUGGCCAGUUGUUGAAGGAAAUAAUUGGAAACCGCCUCGAGAUUCGAUUGAAAUUUUACUUGGAAGUUUACGUGGUGAAUUUAAUGAAGGCGUUUUAGUUGAACAAUGGGUGGGACCUGAUGAUAAAAAUUCCUCGGCCAACAUCCUCCAGUUGGAUCAGAUGCAAUUGGCUUUGCCCAGCAGAGAUUACUAUUUAAAAUCCAAUAGUAAAUCUGAAUUACGUGCUUACCAUCGUUACAUGACAAAUGUAUCUGUUUUGCUUGGCGCAGAUCCUAAAAUAGCUGCUGAAGAAUUUGAAAGUGUUAUUUAUUUUGAAAAGCAAUUGGCAAAUGCGUCACUGCCAGAAGCAGAUAGACAUGACACAUCUGCAAUUUAUCGGAAAUUAACAUUACGUGAAUUACAACGUGAAGUACCUCAAUUAAAGUGGCGGGAUUAUCUACAGACAUUUUUAAGUACGUCAAUUACUGAAGAUGAACCGGUUGUUGUUUAUGCGAUGCCAUAUUUUAUUCAAAUGGGUCGAAUUAUUGAGAAAACUGACAAAAGGACAAUUCAUAAUUACAUUAUUUGGCGACUAGUAAUGUCGCUAAUGCCGCAUAUGAUUGAUGAUUACCAACAAAAACGGGUUGAGUUUCGUAAAAUACUUUUAGGAAUAUUGAGCGAAAGAAAUCGCUGGUCGCAAUGUGUCGAGUGGACGAAUAAAAAACUUGGGAUGGCUGUAGGUGCAUUAUUUAUUCGUGACAAUUUUAAUCACGAGAGUAAGGAGACUGCACUGGAGAUGAUUCACACUAUUCGCGAAGCAUUCAAUGAAUUGCUCGCCGAAAAUCACUGGAUGGAUGAUGAAACACGUGCCGUUGCUAAAAGUAAAGCUGAUUCGAUGAACGAAAGGAUCGGAUAUCCCGAAUUUUUGAAAGAUCCUGUUCAACUUUCUAAAGAAUAUAUUAUGCUUAAUAUAACAGAAGAUCGUUUUAUGGAAAAUGUUUUGGCCGUUUUGAAAUACGAUGCUCGUCAUAAUUUGGAAAAAUUACGUAAGCCGGUUGAUAAAGAUAAAUGGUCAACGGAACCAGCUGUUGUUAAUGCGUUUUAUAAUCCAAAUAAAAAUGAUAUUGUUUUUCCAGCGGGUAUACUUCAGCCGCUAUUUUACUCUCAACAUUUUCCAAAAUCAUUAAAUUACGGUGGUAUUGGAGUUGUAAUUGGCCAUGAGAUUACGCAUGGGUUUGAUGACAAAGGCCGCCAGUAUGACAAAGAUGGAAAUAUGAUGCAAUGGUGGAAUAAUUCAACUAUAAAAGCUUUUAGGGAAAGAGCCCAAUGUAUUAUUGACCAGUACUCACGUUAUAAACUAAAGGAUGUUAACUUGUAUGUUAAUGGAAGAAUGACACAGGGGGAAAAUAUUGCCGACAAUGGCGGACUAAAACAGUCAUUUCGGGCAUACAGAAAAUGGGUCGCUAGUUAUGGGGAAGAGCCCAUGCUUCCAGGAAUUAAUUUGACGCAUGAUCAAUUAUUUUUUCUUAAUUACGCACAAAUUUGGUGCGGAUCAAUGACACCAGAAGAUGCUUUAACUAAAAUACGUAGCAGUGUACACUCUCCUGGUCCUUUUAGAGUACUAGGUCCACUUUCAAACAGUAAAGAUUUUGCUAAAGCGUAUAAUUGUCCUCCAGGGUCACCCAUGAACCCGACGCAUAAGUGUAGCGUAUGGUAAUAUAAUUAAAUAAAUUUAAUAAAAUCUAUAUAUUAAGUAAAAAAAAAAAUAUCAACAUAUCAAAAAUUCAAGCUGGUGAUUAAAACGAGAGCUUAUGAAAAAUUGAACUAUUACUGGAAAAGGAACAAAAAAAAACGUAUAUGAACACUUAUACGGCUUUGUUUUGUUUAAUAUAUCUAACAUCGUUAUAGUUAUAUAAAUGAAUGGCUUUAAUCAUCGUUAAAUUAAAUAUUAAAAAAAUAAUGCGAUAAGAAAUUAAAUUAUGGUCCAAGAUCGCGUGCUUCAAUACACAAUCAUAAAAGAAAAAAAUUAUAUGGAUAUUAAACUUAAGAGGACGUUUUUUUCGUGUUACUAUCACACGAAAGUUCUCUAUAAAAAAAUUUCAAUUUAUAUAUAAUUUAAUUAUUUAUAUAUACAAUAUAAAUGUAUCAAAAAUUUUUUGAAAAAAAAAAACCAAUACAGAGUAUAUGUAUACGUGUUGAUAAAAAUAUAAAGAGGAUAUAUGUAUAAAUAUAUGAAAUAUG